AUGAAUAAUCUACCACAGCUCGGUACAGCAAUUGCUCAAGUCUUGUUGCCCACCUACCAGCUCUACACGCCGUUGUUGCAGAGACAAGCCAACAUCAUCAACUCAACACCGCGCCAGACGUUCCGGUAUGGAGAGCAUCCGCGUCAACAGUUGGAUCUCUACACUCCCGCCGAGACAACGCCUUCCAAAGUGGGCAAUUCUGUCUUGAUAUUCCUGUACGGUGGAGGGUUCGUCCGAGGCGACAAGAUCAAUCAGACCUUCCCCGACGGUUUGGUAUAUGCCAACGUGGGCCAUUUCUUCACCCAAAACCUGGGAAUCAAAGUCGUCAUUCCGGAUUACAGACUCAUCUCCCACGAUGCCACCUUCCCUUCGGGGGGUGAGGACUUGGAGCUGGUCAUUGACUGGAUCAAGGGGAAUAUAGACCAUGACCCAUCACAUCCCACGACCCUUUUUAUCAUGGUUAACUCGGCGGGAGGUGUUCACUUGGCAACCUAUCUCUUCGCUUCUGAAUUUCGAGGACACCGACAGAAAGUACUCACAGGAGAUACUCUAGGCGUGAAGCUGGGAGGUGUCAUCUUCCUCUCGGCUCCCUUCCACUUUGAUCGGGCGAUUGCAGAGAGGGCGAAGACUCUUCAGGCGUACUUCGGGGACGAUGUCUCCAACCGUUCCCCUCUAGGGCUGUUAAGAGCUUGCAAGGGAGACGGCUCUAUCAAUGAUCUGAAAGGGAUCCCGGUCAUGGUGCUAUAUGGAGGACUAGAUCCGGAAGACGAGAUACUCGCCUCCAAGAACGAUUUCGUCAAGGAAUGGAUCGGCACGGACGCUGUGGCCAACGACUUGACAGUCCUCAAGAUGGAAGGCCACAACCACAUCAGCCCCGUCUUGGGGCUGGGGACCGGAAUCUUUAAUGAAGAAGCUUGGGGUCGGCAGGUGGUCGAGUUCAUCAUCGCAGCCGCUGGCAAGCAAAAAUAG